CUCUCUUCUCUUGGGAGCAUAAUUUACAGAAAGAAAUUUAAAAGAAAAAAAGAUAAAACAGACACACCCAAAAGCAUCCCAUCCAUCAAUUUCUUGGCCUGCUAAAAAGCAAACCCAGAAGUAAUUAACAAUCUCCCUUUGCUUAUCCAUAUUAACACUUGUUUUAUGAGCGGCUUUGACACUAAACAAGGGUAGGAUGAUGUUUGGGGCUGUGUGCUUGGUAGACACAUCAAGUGGGAGGGAGAGUAUCUUUAGGGAAAAAGAGAAGAAGAGGUCAGCAACUGCACGCUUUGCUUCUUGAGCUGAACAACCUCAGAAGGCCUAGCCUUGGCUAAAGCUAUAGCUUAGCUACCUCCACCCUUUCCUUUGUAAUAAGAGGGACUCUGGUUGCGUGUGUACUCGUCCAUUUCUGUUUCCUGUUUUGGGGUCGGAAUCUCUCUCUUUUCUCUCUCUCUCUCUGGUUAUUUCUCUUGUGCCGAAAAUCACUCUCAACUCUCAAAAACUGUUUCACAUCCAAGUCUCAAAAGAGAGAAAGCACAACAGAGAACCCACUCAGAAAGAUAAAAGCUUUGGCCUAGAGAUAUCAAUCCCACACCUAUUAUAGCUUCACAUAUCCCUUUUGCUUUUGGGUCGGUGCUCUAUUUGUUUUCUUCUUCCUUCAUCAUCUCUGUGGGGUUUUACAUUGGCUUCUCUUGUUGUUAUAACUAUUUCAGUCUUUGAGGUUUUCCUUCAAUCAACAUUUCUGUCUGAAUUUUCUUCUGUGCCUCAUAAUAUUAAGGUCUGAGUUUUGUCUUCCAAGUUUGGCUGCAAAGGUCUGAGCUUUGGUACUUGAAAGAUUUCUACAAGGAGUGAAGUUUCUCCAUAUCUAUUUUCUGGUGUGGAAAGUGGAGGGGGAAAACAAGAUUUUGAAUAUUUAUCAUCAUGGAAAAGACGGAGGGAGGUCCUCAACUUCUGGAUUUGAUUCCAAACGAAAGAGAGUGGCUUGUGAACAAAGGUGAGAGCCAUGGCUCUUCAGAAGAGAAGAAGUUGGAGCUAAGGCUUGGCCCUCCAGGUCAAGACUGGUCUAAUCUGACAGACAACACCUCCAGAGGCCAGAAAGAAAGAGAUGAGUCUCUUCUUUCUCUUGGCUACUUCUGCAACAACAGCAACAGCAGCAAUGGGAACCAAACCCACCAUUUUGCUUGCUCAGAGAGAAAGACUGUUCUUUCCUCUCCAUGGUCUUCUUCUUCUUCUCCCUCAGGGUACCCCCAGAACCAGACAAAAGGUCCUUCCUUUCUUCAGUUCUCCCAAAGCUCUCAGAGCCUGCCUGUCACCCAGAAGGCCUCACAGCCCUGUUGCACUAAAGCGGUGGACUUGCAGAGCGCAGAGAAGAAGAAAGCUUCUGCAAAUUCAGCUGUGACCAACACCACUUCCCAGAAAAGAACUGCUCCUGCUCCAGUUGUGGGUUGGCCUCCAAUUAGAUCUUUUCGGAAGAAUCUUGCAAGCACCAGCUCUUCAAAACCAGUCCCUGAGUCGCAAAAUGUAGCUCCCAGCAAGGUUCCUAAUGUUAAAACAGUCGAAACCAGCAGAAAAGGCAUGUUUGUGAAAAUCAAUAUGGAUGGAGUCCCCAUUGGGCGAAAAGUAGACCUCAGCGCUUAUACCAGCUAUGAAAAGCUCUCCUCUGCUGUUGAUGAACUCUUCCGUGGCCUGCUUGCAGCUCAAAGAGAUUCUAGUGCUGGUGGAAUUAAGAACACCCUCGAAGAAGAGAAAGAAAUUACAGGUUUAUUGGAUGGAAGUGGAGAAUAUACUUUGGUAUAUGAGGAUAAUGAAGGUGAUCGGAUGCUUGUUGGGGAUGUCCCAUGGCACAUGUUUGUGUCUACUGUGAAGAGGUUGCGUGUGCUCAAGAGCUCUGAACUUUCUGCCCUUAGUAUUCACACGGGUAAAGAUCUGAAGAACUGAGGAGCUCUACUCUGGAGAACUGAAGUCUGUACUUAAUUUUAAUAGACCUAAGUUUUGGUACUAUAAUUUCAUAAUUUCUCAGUGAAGAAAGGGAAAGAGAGACGGGAGAAAGUAGUAGCAGCAACCAGCUAAUGUGUAUGAGUGGUUUGAUUUUGCUGAAAAUAUUGUAUUAAUUCCUCUUGGCUCUAGUAGGAAGAAAGUAAAACAGACAGUGUUGUGUUGUGAUGGUACAUUAUUCUAACUUUUAGUCAUGUGUAAGAAAUCACUUUAGCCCCA